AUGGUGAAGCGAUACCCUUUGGCCGCGAAGAUGGGAAAAAAUAUUUUUGAUUGUAAGCCUAAUUUCGCUGGUACAAAGAAUUCUAGGACUUGUGAAAAGGCUUAUAAGUUGGCUGCUAAUUUGCAAAGUGCUCAUGAUCUUUGUGAGGAAUAUAUUGUAGCUCGUGUUUGGCCUCUCAGAAAACGUUGGAGUUUUGUUCAUUUUCACAAGAAAGUUAUGAGGGGGAAAGAUUAUUUGUAUCCUGACAAAGAAGCUUUUUGUCUGAAGAUGUAUUCAAGAGAUGAAGAUUUUGUCUCUGCUGUUGAAUUGAAGGCAGUUGAAAUUCUUGGCAAGUUUUUGAAGAAGGAGAAAGAUCUGUUGGACAAGAUUUUGGGGAAAGAUUACAAGCAUCUGAAUAGGGUUUUUGAAAUUGCACAGAUCAAAUAUGGUGAGAGAUCUCCACCGGCGUAUGCUCGUGCAGCGAAGCCGAGCAUAGAAAAUGUCAUGAAGAAAAGGGCUGGAGGUCAACUUACUAAAAAGGCUAGCAAGAAAAAGAAGGUUUCUGCUUUGUUUGAUUCAGAAAGAAUUGGAGAGGAUGAAGUGGACUUGGGUCUCGAUGUUGAUAGGCAGGAAGUUCUUAGUCAGCAAGCUCAUGAUGAUGAGAAUUUGGGGGCCACUUUGCAUUCUAGUGAAAAUGUUGGUGAAGCUAGCUUAGUUUCGCCUCGAAGAAAUAUUGGUGAAGACACUUUGCCUUCUCCCCUAGUUAUUCCAGCUUCGUCUCUUGCUCUUGAUGCUGGCGCUGCUGCUGAUGUCACUGCUUCUGUUGAUGUGCAAAUGGAAGAAGCUAGGGCUCGCAAGGGUAAGGGUACCACUACUCUUACCCUUGAUUUUAAUGAGUCUGAUGAUGAUGUUUUUGAUGAAGAAGCUAGGGAUGAUCGUGCUUCUUGUCUUACUGAAUCUACCAUUAAUGUCAAUAUUGGUGAAAAAGUUUCAUGUCAACUUGAGAAGGUUGUUUCCACAGAUGCAGAAGCUAAACUUGCUGGGAAAUCUUCCCUUGAGUUGGCAGAUGCUAGUGUUACCAUGAUUUAUAAGCAACUCGAGAAAGAGAUUGUUGCUGAUGAAAAGUUGCAGAGGGAGCAGGAUAAGAGAGAUGCGGAGAAUGCUAGAGAUGAUGAUGUUGGUGAUCAUCUAGUUUAG